AUGCGAUUAGUUCGACAUGUGUUAGAAGGCCUUGAUAAAAUCAAAGAAAAACAACUUUUACCACAAAAUUUGGAUAUCUCAAUAGAUGAAUAUAUUAAACAGCAAAACAUUGAAAACUGGGAUCAAGUUUACUACAAACAUAUCUUUCAGCCUACUUUUUCUAAAGCGAACCAUUGGCAUACAACAAUUAUUACCAAAGAACGUACAAAAUUUAUUGAUGAUGUCAAACUUAAAUUUCAUAACUCUUUUGUCGAUCUUACUAAAGACUUUUUUAAAGAAAUACAUCAAAUUGAACACUUGAUGCUUGAAACACAUGGUUAUACAAAGCUUCAAUUAAAUGCACACCCAAUUGACAAUCAAAUACGAGAAAAAUUAAGUAUUGAAUUAGAAAAACUUGUUGAUAAAGCAUCAGAUAUUCUUGCAGAACAUUUCUAUGAUCGAUAUAUUUGUGAAUUGGAAAAUAUUCUAAAUGAUGUUUGUCCACAAUUAAAAGAUUUAUAUCGUACAAGAUUACCAUUAGAAAAAUGUAAAAAUGAAACACAUGCAUUACUUCUAAGAGUUUGUCGUCCGGUGAUUAUGGCAACUUUAAGAUAUUCACACUUAGAUUCUGCAGUUAAACAAGAUGCAAUUAAUGAAUUGAUUUAUAUUGCACCAAUGGUAGUAUUUAAUAUAGCAAAUGCUUCGGAUAAAAAUAGUGGUUGUGGAAUACUUAGUACUGUAAUAUCGAAAUCUGUGGAAUCAUUAUCUAGUACAAGUGACAUGGCAACAGUACUUAUUAAAACACUUUUCAAAAAAUAA